AAAAAAAUGUACAGUGGCUCGCAUAUUCUCUCUCUGGGGCAUUUAAUCAAACACCUUCCAUGCACUAAAUCGCACACUUUUCUUCGGAGGAGGUUUCACUCCAACGCCAUCGCUAAUGUCGCCGUCAGCACAAAAGCUUCAUGUUUCAAAAGCCUCAGUUCUACCCAACAAGACCAAAUCCAUCUCUACGUCGAUACCCUUCUCCAAUGGAACCAGAAAAUGAAUCUUACAGCAACUAAAGAAGCUGAAGAAGUAAUGGAGAGACAUAUCGAAGAUUCUCUUGCGAUACUGCCUCCUAUAAAGACGUCAUACAAUUUGCAUUCUAAUGACUUGUUUGAUCACAUCAACUUAAUUGAUGUUGGAAGCGGGGCAGGUCUUCCUGGGUUAGUUCUAGCUAUUGCUUGUCCAGACUGGAGAGUUACUCUACUGGAGUCUAUAAAUAAGCGUUGUAUUUUCUUGGAGCACGUCGUGGAUGUUACCGGGCUUACAAAUGUGAAAAUUGUAAGGGGCAGAGCAGAGAGCUGUGGGCGAGAUGUUAUGUAUAGAGAGAAGUUUGAUGUGGCUAUAGCAAGAGCUGUUGCGGAGAUGAGAGUUUUAGCUGAAUAUUGUCUUCCUCUGGUUCGAAUUGGUGGAUUGUUCGUAGCUGCUAAGGGACAUGACCCUAAGGAGGAAGUUCAAAAUGCAGACAAUGCAGUUCGCAUGUUGGGUGGUUCAAUAUUACAAAUUAGUCCAGUGGAUUCACAUAGCCCAUAUGGACAACGAACAACGGUUGUUUGUCGUAAAGAUCAUUCCACCCCAAAAAAGUAUCCUCGUGAAGCAGGUACUCCCUCUAAAUUACCUUUGUAAAUUGUACUCAAUCACUUUCUUUUUACCUAGAUUUGUAAAAGAUUGAAAACAAAAUAUAUAUCACUUCUAUUGGAGUCCAUUUUCUCAGCUGCCAGCUUAA